AUGCCACUGUAUCUGAGGAGCAAUCACUCUCAUUCUCGAGGUGGCUGGCAUAAAAGAGAUGGCAAAUAUCACAAAAUACCGCUGCAGGAAAGUGUCUUUAAUGUUCGACCCAGUAGUUCUUCACGACCUGAUACAGCAGACAGCGCCAAAACAUACCACGGGUGGGGCAGUUUUUUUGGCUACUUCAGCAAUGGAAAAUCAACGCGACAAAUUCAAUUUGAUUCAAGUCAAUUAUGUGCCCACGAAAAAUUAGCGCUCCUCCAGCGCCCACUGAUUCAAGGUUCUAUAUCUACACAUGAGGAAUUCAACAUGUGUAGGUACUUGGCCAACCGAACAAAUUUCUCGAAAUCAGGUAGAUUUUACUUUCCAUGGUCGAUCAAUGUAACUUUGGGGGUUAAUUCACCUACCUGUGAAUCGAUAUUUGACACCGAGAAAAUGCGCCAGGCGCUUCAAAUAACAAGCGAUCCUGAUUUCUCAGCUAUAUACCUUCUACGAAUGUUAGUAGAAAAAGAAGGUGACAUUCCUAUGCUUGUGCUACAAGUAGAUCGAAUGUUGGAGAACGAGAUAUUUAUGGCUCUAGCUACCUUUGUUGCUCACAACGAACAGUCAUUCGGAGCAGAGUCAUCGAUAGCCUUAGAAACAGUUUCGCAAAACAAUGCAAGUUCCUCUUCUAUUCCAAUAGUUGGACUAGCUCUUUUACAUGUUGGUGAUGCAUCGAUACAACGAGUCUACCUUGGAGGAUUACCUAAAAAUAACGAUAACGAUACUCAUAGGAUCCUAGAAGAUAUAAUGAAGGCCGUCAAUUUCGAAAGAAGCGACCUCUUUCAAUUGGGAAUCAAAAGUGCCGCUUUUUUAGAUAUUGAAGAAAACACGUCUCUCAAAUAG